AUGGAUGUUGAUGAAGGUAUGCUUAGUAAUCUGGAAAAACUAGAAAAGAAUCAAGGAUUGGUUAAUAAGGAAGAUGUUCACAUCAAAAUUGCACCUGGAAAAGAUAUUAUAAUCACAAUCGAUGGUCUAGGAAAUGGUGUUACUUAUACAAGAUGGGGCAAGAAGACUUGUCGAAAAGGAGUUGAACUUGUUUAUGAAGGUUAUGCUGGUGGUGGUCUUUAUACUGAAAAGGGAAACGGAGCCAACUUCAUUUGCCUGCCAAAGGAUCCUCAGUAUUUAAGUUCUACUGUUCCUACUUGGGAGUCUAAACUAUAUGGAGCUGAAUACGAAACAAACAAUAAGAUAUUUGACAAACCUACACAUAACUACAAUGUUCCUUGUGCCGUUUGUCUUGCUCCUAAGAAAUCUACUAAACUUAUGAUACCAGCUAAAGUAUCUUGUCCUAAGUCGUGGACUCGAGAGUACUAUGGAUACUUGAUGACGUCUUUUUUUGGCCAUAACAGGAAUGCCCUCUAUGAAUGUGUUGAUCAUAAUCCUGAUAUUAUACCUGGAACUGCAAAAGAUACAAAUGGUGCUCUGUUCUAUUUCACAGUGGCAAUGUGUAACUACGGCCUUCCUUGUCGUCCCUACAUUCCUAAGAGAGCUGUUACUUGUGCAGUAUGCACUAAAUGA